CUUGCCUACACAUCUUACAGCAAGGCAGCUCCAUCAUCCACUACGUACUGCCAAUGCCUAAGUCAUCCUUUGUUCAUUCUUCAAUAACUCAUCGACGCUGAAAGAUCAUCACCAUGAAUCAUUAUGCGGGAGACGUCGACCUUCUAACAGCCGAUUUCCACCACCCGAUCAGCCCUCUUCAGAUGCAAUAUGAACACCCACUACCUUCGCCUUCGACUGAUAUCCACAAACACUCCAAAUCACCAACAAUUCCUCGAACCCCUCCAGAGUCCAUGCUUCAAUGGAACCCCUACCGGGUCCCUAAAUCCCAGCCGUCAGGGUCAGAAGAGAGUGUCUUGUCCCAAGAUCAAGUCUGUUCCCUAACAUAUUCGGGCACUGAAAGCAAGACCGAUCUCAGCUCUUCGUCUCUCUCGCAAAGGGGUUGCGACUGCCAGCUAGGCGCAGUGAGCCAACUGGCCACUCACCUCUGUCAACCAAUUCAUGUGCCUACACCAUGCUCGGUUUUCUUUGAAAAUAGGCCUUCGAACUAUCCGAGUGACCAUACUCAGCUUCUGAUGAAAUUGGAAACCCUUGAGCUCGAUCAGAAAGCUCAACCUAGUCAAUUGCAGCUGUGCGAUGGAAGUGAUGAGGCAGAAGAUCUUGAAAUGGUCUCACUCGAUGGCUUCAAUUGGGAAGCCAGUGACUCUUUCAAAGAUUUUAAAGAUGACCCCGCCCACAAUUUCUGGAGGUGGGAUGAGGCCAUACAACAAUGGGCUCACCAGGAUGAAGACACCAAAUCAGUGAUAUAUUGUCCAGUAGAGCUGGAUUAGAAUCGCCAGGGGCAUGCUCACUUGGGAAUGUCGGCUUAGAGGAUCGCAUAAAAACCAGAGUCUGUUUCGCAACACUUGUACUUACAACCAGGCGUUCUCUUGAUUACACACACCUCGU